AUGAAGAAUAAAAUAUUAAUAGAAUAUAUUAUUUUUUCAAUUUUAUUUAUUGGGUUGGUUUUUAGUCAAAAUAUCUUUUCAAUUUCUAAAAAUAGUUUUUUGUUUUCAAAUGAAAUAUCAUUUACACUUUCCACAAGUGAUCCAAUUUCCAAUUAUAGUGGAAUGGAAGUUGUUUUAAUUUAUUUAAAUAAACACGUAAAAUGUAAUUUUGAUAGCUCAACAGGAGAAACAAGAUGUGACCCCCCAGAAGAAAUGAAAAGUGUUAAAGCAACAAUAAAUCUCUCUGAAACACAAUUGAAUAUUGAUCAAAACUUUAAUAUUACAUUUAUAAAUGUGAGUGAUAUUUAUCAAGAUAAAACCCAUAUCAUCAUUGAAGGUACAUUAUUUGACCAAUUGGAAAAGUCUAAAAUUGCCGUUUCAAAUGGGUCAACAUUUUUGGAAACAGUAAAUGUGGAACCAAGUAAAAUUUCAGUUUCUUUAAUAAACUUACCAUCAUACUCUACGGGAACUUUUGCUUUUUAUUACAAUAAUGGUUUUAUAGGCUAUCUAUAUUAUUUACCAAAUAGAUUUACUCCUUAUAUUAGUUCAGUUUCACCCUUUAUAAUAAAUAAUAAUGAAGACAUGUUAAUAAAAGGAGUUUUUUUUGAUGAGGGUUCAAUAUUCCAUAUUAUUCCAGUAGAUCAACAAUUUACCUCAAUUCCAUAUGAAAUAAAUGGUCCUAGUACUGCAAUUAUUAAAGGUGAAUCAUUAAAGUCAAUAGGCAUCUCAGGUAGAGCAACAAUUUAUUACAAUAGUUCAACACUUGGUAUUUCAAAUAAAAUAGAUAUUGGGUUUACACUUCCAACAAUCAUUAGAGUUAGUUAUGAUUUCAAUUUACAGCAACUUUUUAUUAUUGGUAAUUUUUUGGAUUCAUAUGGAUUAACUACUACGCUCGAUAUAAAUGGGUGUGCAAUUACAAAUGUUCCUCUAUUACCAAAUUUUCAAAAUUCAACAUUAUUAAUUUUUAAUAAUCCAAAAUUAAUAUUUGAUUAUUGUGUAUUUAAAUGUUCAAAUUCUUAUUCAUCUCCAUAUCUCAUUAAUGUUAAUCCAGUAUUAAUUAAAAUUGAUAAAACCAUUGAAAGAAAAGGUGGAAACAUUUAUUUUUCAGGUAAUUAUCUUACAGAGUAUACUUUAAAGGGUGGUAAAAUUUAUGAUAUAUCAAUUGAAAGUCAAGAUAAAUCAUUUAAUUAUCCUUGUAAAGAUAUUAAACAAAUUCAAUAUAUUGGUAAUCAAAAUUAUUUAAUGUCAUGCUUUAUUGAUCAAUAUUUUGAUUUUCAAUUUAAUUUAAAACUUAAUGGAACUUUUAUUACAGAAUCACUCUUAUCUGUAUCUUAUCAACCAAUAACAAUUAAUUCUAUAUCAUCAACAUUUUAUGGAACACCCGAUAAAGUUACAAUUGUUGGUAAUUCAUUUUGUACACAACCAUAUAUAACUAUUGGUGGUAGUAAUUGUUUAAAUCCAGUUACUAAAAUAUCUUUAAAUAAUCAAUAUGAUCAAAUUGUAUGUGAUUUUAAAUCAGAUGUUAAAGGAAUUAAUAUUACACAUACUGUUAAUAUUUUAUGUGAACAAAUUAAUUCAUAUUCAUUUGAUGCUUUUCUUUAUAAAUUACCAAUUCCAUGUCCAACUGGUGGUUCAUUAAAUAAAGAAUGUUUUGGAAAUGGUGUAUGUAAUGAAAAUUCUAGAAGUUGUACAUGUAAUAAAGGAUUUGCUGGAUUUGAUUGUUCAAUCACUCAAUCAAACCCUUCAACUCCUCCAAUACCUAAAGUUAAUGAUACAAUUACUAUUAUUGAAACUUCAGGUAAUAAAUUCGAUAUAGGUAUCGUACAAAUUAGAGAAAUUACAUUUAAUAAUAUUGUAGAGAAAACAUUUAAUUUAACAAAUUUAAAAUGGAAUUUACAAGAUCAACAAUCAGAAUUUCAAUUUAUAUAUAACACUUCAAUAAAUACUGAUUCAAAAAAUUCUACCAAUAUUGAAACAAUUAUUAAAGUUCAAAUUUCAAUUAAUAAUAAUUCAAUUGAAUCUCAACAAUAUGAUUUUCUUGGUGAUAUAAUUACAAUUUUACCAAACUCUGUGAAAUAUCAAGUUGAGAUUCAAAAUUGGUCAUUUAAUAAUAAUUUAAAUUCAAUUCAAUUAAUAAUUUUAUCACAAUCAAAUUCAAAAUCAAAUUGCAAUGAUAAUAGUGGAACUACAAAUAUAUUUAAAUAUGGUGAAGAUUCAAUUAGAACACUUGAAUUGACACUUUCAAAUGGUCAAACUUUGGUUGGUACAUUUUCAAAUCGUAUGAAAGUAGAUGAUAGAGUAAUUAGAACUAAAAUUGAAUUACUUUCAAAUGAUAAAUUAAAUGGAAUUCCAUUAAUAAAUAGAGCAAGUAAUAAUAUAGUCUCUGUUUUAACAAUUAAUAAUUUUAAAAAAAAUGUAAUUAUAGACCCUUCAUUUGGUUUAUUAAUUUCAAAUGAUAUCAACACCAAUGAUAGUUGUAAUGAUUUUCCAAAAUGGAAAAUUGCUGUGAUUGUAGUUUGUGGCGCAGUAGGUUUAUCAAUAUUAUUUAUUGUUUCCUUCUUUUUAUAUAAAAAUUUUAAAACUUCUUUAAUUAUAUUAGAAAUUAGAUCAAAAUUAAAAAAAUGGUAG